CAUGAGGCUUCUUCUGCAUUGUGUGUAUGCAUGUGUGAGGACACAGCGCAUGUGUGUGUGAGUUCACCCUCCUCUCUCCAGACAGGAGGCGAGGACAUCCCCCUCUAACACUGUGCCAACGGAGAGAGGAAGAGAGAGAGAGAGAAGCAGAGAGAGAGAGAGAGAGAGAGAGAGACUGAAACCCCAUAAUGCACUGCACGCUGCAGGGCUGAAGUCGUGCAGAUUCAUCAGUUCCUGUUCGGAGGGAUUGUGUGUGAGCGCACACACACACACACACACACCUCGUACACCCAGACCGAGUGCGAGAGAGACAAACACAGACGACCAGGCAGAGAGAAGUGCCUUCUUUCGUUGACCCCUUUGGCUGUUUGGCUCCACUGAAGCCGCCUCUGCCUCCGUGCCUGUCCCCGUCCGCUGGAGUUGCCAGCCACACCAGGAGCCCUCGGACUGCCAGCCACAUCCGCUGACAUCUCCCUCCAUCUCCCGCUCUGUCCGCCAGCCGGCCCGCCAGCCAGACCUCUCUCCAUCCAUGCCACUCAGCCCUCCUUCUGUGGAAGUCAGCCACUCCGCCCUCCUCUGCAGACGGUGCCUGAUGCCGAAGACAGUCAGCUUUUAUCGGCCGCUUUGAACGGAAGGAGGUUGUCUCUCUCUGCUGUCCCCCGUCCACCACUGCCUUCUCCCUCAACGUCCCUCCGUCCCUCUUCCUCCUCUGUCCUCUCCUCCUCUAGCCCUGCGAUCUUUUCAUCAUGGGCCAACGGUCGAUAAUGUGUUUUGCCAUUUGUCUCAUCUGACAGUUCAGCUGAGGAGGUGAUAGAGAGGACUGGAGUGUUUGUUUGAGAAACAGACCGAGGAGAGGGAGAGAUUACCAAGCAGACCUCUGUGGCCGUCACAAAGCCGAGGCCCUGGGUGACAAGGCGGUGAAGGAUUCCUAUUACAGCCACAAACAGACUGUUAGGAUGGGCCGCAGGUGGUAGGCGAGCACCAGGCCUCACAGGCUCCACCUCAGAAUCAGACCCUGGGGGACAGAACCUCUUAAAAACCUGCUUUUUCCCAUGUCCUUUACCCACUCGCUCUCAUCGUUUGUCCCAGUGUCGUUAGAAACAUACGGAGGCACGCAUAAUCACAUUCGCUGGAUACCUUCGCCUCUCAGUCGACCCCUCCUGCCUGGUUCAAAAUGGCGGUGAACGUGACACCGAUCCGGGACACAAAGUGGCUGACGCUGGAGGUUUGUCGGGAAUUCCAGAGAGGAACGUGUUCGCGGCCGGACAGCGAGUGCAAGUUCGCCCACCCUGCCAAGAGCUGUCAAGUGGAAAAUGGCAGAGUCAUUGCCUGUUUUGACUCGCUCAAGGGCCGUUGUUCCAGGGAGAACUGUAAGUACCUGCAUCCUCCUCCCCACCUAAAGACCCAGCUGGAGAUCAAUGGAAGGAACAACCUCAUCCAGCAGAAAAACAUGGCCAUGCUGGCCCAGCAGAUGCAGCUCGCCAACGCCAUGAUCCCCGGCACACAGCUACAGCCAGUGCCCAUGUUUUCAGUCACACCCAGCCUUGCAACCAAUGUCAACGCUGCUGCCGCGGCGGCCGCUGCGUUUAACCCUUACCUUGGCCCCGUGUCGCCCGGCCUGAUGCCCGCUGACAUCCUGCCCAGCGCCCCCGUACUGGUCACCAGCAACCCCAGUGUCCCCGUACCAGCUGCUGCUGCUGCUGCUGCACAGAAACUCAUGAGGACAGACAGACUGGAGGUAUGUCGGGAGUACCAGCGGGGUAACUGCACGCGCGGGGAGAACGACUGUCGCUUCGCCCAUCCUUCAGACAGCACGAUGAUUGACACCAACGACAACACGGUCACUGUGUGCAUGGACUACAUAAAGGGCCGCUGCUCGAGGGAGAAGUGCAAGUACUUCCACCCUCCGGCUCACCUGCAGGCCAAGAUCAAGGCCGCCCAACACCAAGUGAACCAGGCGGCGGCUGCUGCAGCCAUGACUCAGUCGGCUGUCAAACCGCUGAAGCGACCCCUCGACGCAACUUUUGACCUGGGGCUCCCUCCCGUCUUGCCUCCUUUACCAAAGAGACCUGCACUUGAAAAAGCCAACGGUGCCACCACUAUGUUCAAUGCUGGCGUGUUCCAGUACCAACAGGCCCUGGCCAACAUGCAGUUUCAGCAGCAGGCUGCCUUCAUACCAUCAGGCUCGAUAUUGUGCAUGACACCUGCAACAAGUGUUGUACCCAUGAUGCACGGUGCUACUCCAGCCACUGUGUCUGCAGCCACCACAUCUGCCACAAGUGUUCCCUUUGCAACUGCAACAGCCAAUCAGAUUCCAAUAAUAUCUGCAGACCAUCUGACUAGUCACAAGUAUGUGACCCAGAUGUAGGAGUCUCAAUCAGAACAAUGGAACUGGAGCGUGCUGGUGUCAAGUCCAAGAUUAGCGGUCACCCUUCAUGCCUGUAACAUCGAGAGCGAAGCGGAGAGGGCCAAAUCUCGACUGGUUUGGAAUAAAUCUGAUUGUUAACAUAGGAGGCACAGUUUGUUAGGAUUGUUUUCAUGUGUUCCUCAUGCACACUAUAACACAACAACAGAAAAGAACAUCAUUUGCAUCAAAGACUGCCUUUCGCUCUGUAGAGGCAACUUUACCUUUAUUCACCGGACACACUUUGAAUGUUAACAUGAGGUAAAUGUGUGGAGCAGUCAUCAAGAAAAAACGGCUGGAUUGGUACGUCCAUUGACCAAGAAUCAUGACUUCUGUUUGUUUAUUGGUUGUUGGUCUCUUGACCUAGAUGUGUUCAUUUGUUUACACAAAGGUGCACCUUGUAUUUCAGUUGAGGUAGAGGAAACAGGAAAUCUGACUGAAUCACAUUAUGCAUGCACAAUGAUUUUGUUUGUGAUUUUACUUAGUUGAAACGAGAAAUAAGGGAAAUAACAUGAGUGCACUCAGAGGCAGAAUAGCAACUGAAUGUCUGUGAGGUGUCUUUCAAACCUUUGUAGCCUACCUUUCUAUCUCUUAAGCACAUGUCUUUAACCUUGCAGGCAUCCCUGUAAAGUGCCAUACAUCUCAAAACACAUGGAUGGUAUUGAAGUGGUGUGACAAAGUGUUAAGCUCAAUGAGUCCCUUUAAUACGUUUGUUUUCUCUCUCAAACCUGUAGAGUCCAAUGUUGUGACCUGUCAUUACUACCACUCAGUCGCAACAAUAAAAUGUUGGCAUUGUACAUUUCUCCAAACCACAGAUACGUUAAAAUUGUACUUGUCACAUCAACACCUCGAAAAUAUGCAUGCAUGGCGGGUAGGGUUGUGGCGCUAUCCCAUUUUUAAGGUUAAUCGUGGCAUGACAAUUUAAAUCGACCGUACUAGUGUUUUUAAAUAUGUAAAUAUAAUUCAGUUUUAUAUCAAGUUUUAUGGAAUCUUCCAUUUUUAUUCCUUUAAAUGUCCAAUAUGUUAGGAUUCUAGUUUGAAACAUUCAAAGAUUAAUUACAGUUAUCAGCACAAUGUGAAGUAAUAACAGUUUUGACAUUAUGUCAAAGUUGUUUUUGUCUUCGUGUCGUGUAAGCAUGUUAACCAGAUACACCUGAGCCUGAACACCUCUUCUCCCACCGGUCCAAAGCUCCUGUGCUUGUGAUGUAAUAAUAAUAAUAAAAUACUACCACAACUACAACUACUACUAUUACUACUACUACUACUACUACUACUACUACUACUACUAAUAAUAAUAAUAAUAAUAAUAAUAAUAAUAAUAAUAAUAAUAAUAAUUGACAGUUAAUACUUGAGGUAGACAAAUCCAAGUAUCUUAUGCCAAAACAUGACCUUUUACUUACCCUCACCAAACCAGACCUCAAAUGUUUUAUAUAUAACAUUCAAGUGGUUUGUGUUCUAGCUAACAUUGCUAAGGCUAGCUUGCAACCUAGUUGCUAAUGUUAAGUAGGAGCUGGGGCCAACUGUCAGAAUGUCAGAAUUCUUAUACAAACAAAAAAAAUAAUCUUUAUUCUUAUAUUCUGCUCUUUUCUUCAAGCUCUUUAGUUGUAUUAUUUAGAAAUAAAAUGACAACAUAAAAAUAUCAGCAUGUCCUUUAAGCACGGCGGCCUCACAGCAUAAAAAUGGAAUAACAUGUUUUAAUAAUUUUAACACAUCUGUGAUCGGCUGACAAUGCCAACUUUUAUUCUGGCGGGUGGGUUCCACCACUGCUUGAUUAGGUUACCUCUCCCAAAAUUGUCCUCUACUGAAUAAAUCACUUUUUUUUCCUUUUAAGAAACAACUGGAUCUGUGUUCUGACAGGUCUCUCCAUGAUCAUUAAGUCUACUGACUUUAACAGUCAGAUGAGUUGUAUGUGGGGGGGAUGUGGGGGUUGGAGGGGGGGUUGGGGGGGAUAUCUUGGCCAGCGUGAGAGAGACCAAAGACUCUCCUAAAGGUGAAGAUGUUGUGAUGAAUAGCUUUGAAACAACGGCGCGAUCAGGUGGCAUCCAAACUGCUGUGAGACGGAAGUCAAAAAUCGACGGUGCAACUGGUGAUGGAAACGUGAUUUGUACGACAUGAUUUGUUUUUUCAUGUUUGUAAGGUUUAUGCAUAUUUUAAGGCAGAUCGUUGAAGUAGAUUCAGUGUAGUGUAUAUAUAGUCUGACAUAUUUAAGAGUAUUUGUUUAAUCCGUCUACCUGAGAACUGUUUUUCAGAUAGUCAGCCAAAGUCUUUCUUGUGUCACUGUUACUAGAUAUUGUAGGUAGACUAGCAGGACAGAUAGUUUUUUUGAAGUGUGUGGGCCGCUUUGUCGAGCUCAAAGACAAGGCGGGGGGGUGUAAAGAGUAGAUCUCUAGAACUCUUUUGUUUUCGUUGUGUUUCUGGGUGUUCCUUCAGGCAUAUUUAAUCGUGGAUAGUACAGGGAAAGUGGCAAGAAUAUUAAAAAAAACGAUUGUAUUACUCAUCCAAAGCCUUAGAAUGUACCAUCGGGUCAGCACAAUGCAACAUGCCAUUUUUGAACCAUCCAGUUGCCUAAUCCACGCCAUAUUAACACACACACACACAGAGCACUAUGUAAUGUCACUUUUUUUGUCAGUGUUUUUCUUAACUUUCUCGUAGUUUUUUGUUUUUUUGUUUUUUUUUUAGAUGAGGAGUGUUUUGAUUUUUUGUUUGGUUUGGAUGAUAUUUUGAUAUUUUGGUUCUGUUUUUGUUUUGUUUUUUAGUUUUGCUUAUUAUAUUUAUCUUUCUUAUAAUGAAUAUAAGGUUUUAAAAAAAAGUGUGUGUUUGUGUGUUCCUCAUGCACAGUUUCCUGAAAUUCCAUGUAAUGUUAAUUUUAGUAUGAUUAUGAUUGUAAACUCGAUAUUUUCUACGUUAUGCAUAUUGUUGAACUGUAUGCAUAUUGUUCAUUUCUCUAGUCUUUUUUGUGUUCUUUGAACAAAGAUGUUUUAUAUGAGUAUCUAACAGUGAUGAAAUAAUAGAACAGAGAGGCUAAGUUGUCACUGUGGCAACCGUCGCCGAUAACCGAGUAAUAUUUUAAUGAUUGUAAGGUUUGUAACUAGUCAUAUAAGAAAAAAAAAGACUAUUAUAAAAAAUCUAGUUCUUAGAUGUUUAGAGUAAAGAUGUUAUUUUCUACUGUAUCCAUUUCAAAUAGUAAACUAUUGUUUUAAUAUUUUUACUCUCCCUGGAAAUUGGGCCAUGUUGGAAAACAAGCUGCAUAUUUGAUCACUUUUUCGGGGGACGUUGCUGGCGGGGGUCAGGUGAACGUGGCGGGUGGAGGACCGACCUCUCACCCGGCCGACUGCAAACAAACAAAGGGUGGGGUGGGAUGGAAUCUCGAGGGCGACUAAGGUGAUAAAGGUUGACUUUUUUGCACUUCUGUACAUAGUCAAAAAAGAGAGAAUCAUGUAUAUUGAGAUCUUAUUUUGAAUAAAAAAAAAUGAUAAUAAUGUCUAUAACGACAAAGGAAUUUUGCUAGGAUAACAAAAAAAAAAAUCUUAUGAAAGGCUGAACAAAAAUUGCUUGCAUCAAAAAAAAAAGGGCACUGAGUUCUCGCUCUCCGACCCCUUUCAGAAAAGGCCAAGUGUUGCUCUUCUUUUUCGUCAGCAGCUUGUAGUUUGCCAGGUAACCUUCCGGAGGAGGCGUCCACUAUACCCUCCAGCGUGAGGGCCUGACUGGGUUUGUCUGGUCCCCUAACCGAGCCUGUACCCACAGGUCUGUGUGUCAUGGCCACGCCCUCCCAGGCCCAACCAAUCACAACACGUCCUGUCUCUUUACUUUUACUCAGAGAGGAAUGCAUGUUAAAGGAAAACUACAUAUACCGUUUAAAGAAAAAAAAAAAUCACGACAAUAAUAUUGAAUAAGAAAACAUGUUACACAGAAAGAUGUAUUUACAGUAUACAAUAUUCUAUCAAUGUAAUGGAAUAAAAUAUAUAUUAAAAAAAUACAAAAAUAGAAUAGUGGUUUAUUUAAAAAAAAAGAAAAAAAAAAGAUUCCUGAAAAUAUACUCACUGAAGUUUUACCACUUGGAGAGUUAAAAUACAUGCAACACAAACACCAUAGCUAUAAGUAUGUUCUUUAUGUUGGUGUAAGCUGUGCUUCUAGUAGAUGAAACUGACCAAACAGGAAUGUAGUUCAACACCAGGCGGGAUUUAAGGUAGAAUUUUUUCGUGGGUUUGGUCAUCAAGUCGUUAAGUUUGAAAUAUCGUCCUGAUCAUCUUUCGUCACCUCUCAUCUCCUACAAGCACGCAUGCUUACGUUUAUGAUAUAAUGUAAACUGAAGUUUUUUUUUUGUUUUUUUUUUCAUUUGUUGUUUGUUUUUUUCUCUGCUUGUAGUGCUAAUAUGAUGUAUUCUGUCUUCUGCUGCAGUUUGUUUCUGCUUGUUUUUACCUGCUCCAGGCCCCCUGAAAGGAUGUGUCGUGUUCUCGCAGACUGCCGGCCACCUCCUCCUGGAAAAGUACCUGUAGAGAAAACUGUCACAGUCUAAAGCCAUAAAAUAUAAUCUCAUCAGAAUGAAAUAUGUGUGAGAAAAGAAAACCAGAAAAAGAAAUAGAGGUGGGGACGUCGUACCUCCUGCAGCUGGUAGGAAAGUGUUGGCUGGGGUUUUGUUAACUACAACAUGUAACAUCUGAAGUUGUGAGUGUAGCUGAUAUCAUCUACUGACGUGUGUCGCAAAGAGAAAAAAAAAAGUUCUGGACACAUUCUUUCUCGGGGCCUGCGUUGCUAUAUUUGAUUCUUGCUGUUAUGAAUACAAAAAAAAUGUAAUAAAAAUUUACAAACGAACUGAA